AUGUCGCACAAUCAGUUUGGGGGCUUCGACGGCUACAAUGGCUUCAACAACGGCUUUCCUCAUUGUUCCCCAAACAACUUUAUGCAGACCGAGCCAGGUCAUCAGAUGUUUUCUCAGCAGCUACCCAUGGAGCAAUUUGCAGGACCAGGUCUUGACCCUAAUCAAGAGAACAUUGUCGAGGAGGAAGUGAUCUAUGACGAAAUCCCCCAGGAACAGGACACCACGCUAUCCUGUGGCAAUACAAGCCAGAAUCUAUCUAGGCUGCAAAUGAACACUCCGGCUCGUGAGCUCAGGGAGAAAGUCAAGCAAACCAAGGCGCUCAGGCAGACCAUCCUGAAGCCACAAGCUAAAGACUGCAAUCCCAAGAAUACUUCUGAAAUGUCCGGAUUGCAAGCGAGAAAGACCGAGACCGAGAAACCAGCUACAGAACUUCCCAUUACCCCGAGGGUAAUCAAGCAGCCACCUGUGUCAACAUAUCCGAUCCCGGUUUACUGCCCAGAAUCACCCCAGGGCCACACACACAUCCAGUACGACAUGCUGGACAACACUCCCCAAGGCCCAGAGAAAUUCCAGGAACGCAAUGCCCAAGCGUCGUGCGCCAAAGAGUGCGGCGAAAGGGAGACGGAAAAGCCCAUGGCCAGUAGUAGGAAGACCGAAGAGCAUAAAGACACCAAGAAUGUUGAAAUCCCAUGGGUGGCCACGGACGGAGACCUGGGACAGGACGUGGUCCUCUGGCUCCAGCAAACCGGGUUCUAUGACAACGCAAAACGUACUCCUGUCUUGGCUCGAUGGAAGGAGCUGGCCAAGACGGAGAAAGACUUGGCCAGGCUCCAGUGA